AUGAUUAACAAUAACAAUGAAGAUGAUAUCAUAGUUGAUGUCCAAGACGCUCAUGCUCCUGAGGACUUGGAUCGUAUAAUGAAACUACUAGAAGAUAGUGAAAAGGAUUUGUAUGAGGGUUGCACCGAGUUCUCUAGAUUUUCAUUUAUGUUGGAGCUCUUACAUAUUAAGAGCCUCAGUGGAAUGGCAAAUACUUAUUUCGAAAUGCUUCUUGAUUUACUACGGAAGGUAGUUCCAGGAGGAGAGCGUAGCAUUCCUAAAACAACUUAUGCGGCAAAGCAAAUAGUUUCCGAUUUGGGGCUUGAUUACAAUAAGAUUGAUGCGUGUCCCAAUGAUUGUAUUAUCUACUACAAGGAUAAUAAAGACCUUCAGGAAUGUCCAACAUGUGGAGUUUCUCGAUGGAAACAACAAACUCGCUCUUCAACAAGGCAGCCAACAGAGUCAAUGUCCCAGCAGAGCAUGAUUCCAGCUAAGGUGCUUCGCCAUUUCCCGUUAGUUUCUAGAUUUCAAUGUCUGUAUAUGAACAAAGGCACCGCUAAGAACAUGUGGUGGCACAAAGAAGGUCGUAUAGAAGAUGGUAAGCCGAGACAUCCAGCUGAUGCAGAGGCUUGGAAGCAUAUUGAUAAGACUUUUCCUAAUUUCGCUCGUGAAUGCAGAAAUGUCAGACUUGGGCUUUCUAGCGACGGAUUCAAUCCGUUCGGGGUUAUGAGUUCAGGUUGUUCUACAUGGCCAAUUGUCUUAAUGCCAUAUAAUUUACCCCCGCUGCUUUGUAUGAAACAACCGUAUAUGAUACUCUCAUUACUGAUACCGGGUAAGCAUGCACCGGGUAAUGAUAUUGAUGUCUACUUAGAGCCCUUAAUUGAUGAGCUAAAACAGUUAUGGUCAGAGGCUUAUGCUAAUCUUUCUGGUUGGUCGACAAAAGGCAAGUUUGCUUGUCCAGUAUGUGGCCCAGAAUUUGAAGGCCUUCACUUACCAUAUAGUCGAAAGUGUUGUUAUUGGUUCAACAGGAGAUGGUUGCCCUCGGGGCACAAAUACAGAAAAUUGAGCAAUAAGUUUGAUGGCAUUGUUGAGACUAAGAAUAAACCACGUCAAAUGACCGGUGCUGAUAUUGCAAAGUUCCUUGAGCAUCUUCCUAAAAUUAGAUUUGGUAAGAACCGAUAUUCUAAGUAUGACUCACUCAAAGCUAGAGGCUCCUGCAACAAGAAGAAGAUACUGAAGAGGAAGAGAGCAUUCCAACGGGCACAUGUAGAUAAUGGAGUCGAUAAAUUACCAAAGGGAUGGAGUAAAUUUAGUAUAUUCUUCCAGCUGCCAUACUGGCAAAAGCUUAAAAUCAGGCAUAACUUGGAUGUAAUGCAUAUUGAGAAAAAUAUUUGUGACAACAUAGUUUCAACCCUCCUUCAAGAUCCUAAUAAGUCAAAGGAUGACCUAAGGGCUCGUCAAGACUUAGCUGCAUUGAAUAUCCGAGAAGAUUUGUAA